AAAAAUCAGUGUUUACUUUUUAAUCUUUGUCGAACUUGACGAAAUAUUGUCGACGUGACGCCAAGCCAUUAGGCGAAUAGAUGUCGACAGAUGUAGAUACUUUUACUAUUUGACACGGUGUUGUGUUAAACAUAUCGUUUUGGUGCAUUUUCCUCAAAUAUCGCAGUAAAAAUGCUCCGGUUACAGCAGGAGCGAGUUAUUCCUGGGAUUUUAAACCCAAAGAGUAAUUAUCAGCCGCCAUGGACAGAUAAGAAGUUCUAUCUAAUGGAUGGGGCAGGAAAUUGUGUCAUAAUUGUGGACGAGUCUGCUAUUCCUUGCAUAUAUGACGAAAAGGAUCCGGAACGGAGGGACCCUCUUAGGCCCACGGCUGGUUAUAUCAGUCAGCUUGAGUCUCAUCGUUUAGCGACGAAUAAGAUCGCCGCAUUAAAAAAUAUCCCGUAUAUGAACAAGGUUUUUGCUGGGCUGGAUCGACCCGUUAAAGAAUUUUUGGCACUACCUCUGCUCGAGCAGAGCCGAUUAAAAUCAGACUUGAAAUUGAAAUUGGCAAAUCCGACGAUAAUUAACAAAGAAUGGGAAACCGUGGUGAAAAAUUUGAAGUGGAAUCCAUUUCAUGAGAUGCCGCAAGAUUUCCUUAAAUGCCAACUAGGAUCGAAUUAUGAAGAGAAUAUCCAGGGAAAAACUGAUGAUGGUGUUAAAAACGAUAAGUGUGUAAUAACACAACUUCCACUCGAAGCUUGGGAAAUUCUUGUUCAGAAGUUAAAUGGGAUUUCAUUCCUUCGGGUUUGUGAUGCUUUACAAUGUUUGGGAUUGGAUGACUUGGUGUGGGAAGCUUAUGAAGUUAAUAUGAGGGAAAAUAAGCUGCCACUAUUUUGGAGCCGAACUUGCCACCAAGACAUGCCAAGUGAACUCAUGAACGAAAUUGUGACAAGUUUCAGUAAUAUGCUUAUAAAUCUUAGGAAGGGACCAAGAAUGAAUUUGGGGUCUUUGCAUAAUGCCCGAGAAUCUCACAAUUGUCAAGAUAUCGUAUUGGCAGAAUAUUCAUGGAUCCACAAGUUAAGGGAUGGCGAGAUGGUCGUUAAGAAUAUGUCAGCGCUGGAACGAAAAAUCAAGACCAACAUUCAGUUGUUUCACCAAAAAUAUCCCACGUUUGAUGAGAUGGUUAAAGACAAAGACUCGACAACUCGAAAUUAUUCAACACCUGAAGUUAUAGUUGGCAUGCUGGGAUCACUUUGUUACUUCAGUAUGGUAACAUACAAUCAAAAGAAUUUGCCUGUGUUGAUCAUGGACAAUUUGGACAAACCCGAAGCACACCGAGUCACUGAAGCCGUGUGUGACUUCGAUAAGGACUCUCCAAUGCUAUACUCUAAACUGAUGUACUAUCCGACCCAGCAGACAGAUACAGAAAAAAUUCCGGAAAUUGAUCGACUCUUGUUUUUCGUAUCCAGAAAUUACACGACCAUCCGAUCCGUGGAUAGCUACCUGACCGGACUAGUUUACGAGCAUCGCUCGAUUGACGAUGCAGAGGCAUUAUUUUCUAACGACACCCAAACAAAUGACGAUGAUAGAGGAGUCUUCUUCAAAAUGGAACCCAUUCUGGCUUUCAAUGAGAAUGUUUUUGUCCUCUGGCAUUCCCCCAGCCCUGUCGAGUUUAACAGGGUUACAAAAGUGCGUAACCACUACGAAAUUACUAAGAUUCAGAGUUUACGAAUUCAUAAAUGCAGAGAUUAUUGGAAUCUCUUGAGCAACUACACCCAAUACUUUAUACCAGUUUUGAGAAAAGUGCACAACUCAGGUCCAAACAAGCUCCCAUUUACAGAAGAAUUUCUCGUGGAGAAUUUUGGCCAGGAUUUUGCCAACGACUGUGAGUUCUACUAUGAACUUCAAUUAAUCAAUAUGCGCUAUGGAACUGACACAAUUUCGAUGAGAAAUGCGAAUACGCUCAAAUCUACUUCUCCCUCUAAUAAAACAAAGGAAGCUGCAUUCGCUGUUCAUCAUCAAAAUCCGCAAUACUAUUACCACAACGCGUUGGAAGAACGCAGCCUGCUUGAUGUUUGCUACUCUGCCUGCUAUGGGUAUGACUUGUAUGUGUUUUGGAAUCACAAAGCUCUUGCAGUUUCAUGGGGUGACGGCUUAAUUUGGAUGUUCCACUCGUGGAAGAGGGCUCUGAAAUCUCUCGAGAAGGAAGUGCAUCAUCGCUUAUCGAGCAAGACGGAAGAUGUAUUUGUCUCUCAUAUGUGUGUUUGUUCUCGAGAUGUACUAGGUGCCGUGAUAAAUGACAACGUGGUCACCUUCAAAGUUAUAAAAACGCCAGGAGUUUUGCAUGAUGGUUAUAAAGAAGAACCAAAAUUUGUAAUGGAACCACUCCGCUUCAUCGUACUCGACCUUCAAUCCAAGCAAAUUUCGGUGGACCAAUUUUCUUUCCACUUUGACAAAGGUGAUCCUUAUUUUUUCCUCUUGCUUCGUGACAAGGGUUCGAAUUGCUGUCUGGAUUUCUGGAUGCAAAGGGUCUACUUCAAACUCCAAGAGUAUGAAGAUUCCGAGGUGACAGACGACAUUCCGGAGAAAGUAUUCAUGGAUAGCGUCACUACUUUUAUCGAAAAUGAGGAAAGAAAUAGAAAUAGAACCAAAGUUCAACAAGAAGAAGCUCCACCCAAAUGUUCCGAGAAUAUCACUUCGAAAGAAUUUACGGAAGCCAUUAUGCGAACCAUUGUUGGGUGCAAAUUAGUAAAUUUGAAACGAAGGGUUGGAGUGAGCGACCGUCCAAAAACAUACAAACAAAUGUUUGAUGAACUCAUGGCUAGAAACAAGGACAAGGAUAUCUUCUCCGUCAAUCGACAUGCCGCACUGCAUUCUCAAGUGAAAGAAUGGGUACAGAAGUUGCAAAUGACCAGACGGGAAUCGAAGUAUGAGAAUUAAGUAUCAGAUUUUAAAA